AUGGAAAAGUUGAAGUUUACUUUUCAAGUGAAACCAACAACAGACGGAAAGUCAAACUAUAUCGCCAUAACCGCAAUUGUGACUGAAGAUGAAAAAUAUUUCCUUAUUCCUGAAGAAUUCCAAGCUAUUUCACAGCACACAUAUAUUCAAACUUCGAAAACCUUUGUCACAGUGAAAAAUACAUUAAAAAAAAGACAUCAAACUAGAAGUGUUUGGAUAAAAACAACAGAGGAUAUAUUAAAAACAUAUGUUGAUGAGGAUGCCAAAAAAGAGGUUUUCUGUUACGAUUUUAUAGAUAGUUGGGAAAAAUUAAAUACUUGUGAACUACCACCAAUAGAGGCAUUUUAUAAUAAAUUGGAGGAUAAAAACAUCAGUAUUGAGAAGUAUUCUCAUGCUCAUGCAGUGUGGAAAUCAUUUGAUAUUGAAAAUUUGGGUCAGUAUUCUGAUCUGUACUUAAAGACCGAUGUUUUCGAACAAUUUCGAAGAAAAUGUUCAAUUACUUAUGGUUUAGACCCUGCAUGGUACUAUACAAUGCCUGGAUAUACUUGGGACUGUAUGUUGAAAUAUGUAGGAUGUAAAUUAGAGUUAUUGCAUGACGUAGACAUGAUCAUGUUUAUCGAGAAAGCAAUUCGAGGAGGAAUUUCGGUUUGUAGCAGUAGAUUAUCGAAUGCUAACAAUAAGUACAUGCCUGAAUAUGAUUCUACAAAACCCUCAAAGUACUUACUCUACCUGGACGUCAAUAAUUUAUACGGGUGGGCUAUGUGUGAACCAUUACCAUACGGAGGAUUUGAAUGGUUAGAUAAUGAAAAUUUUGAUGUUAUGUCUGUGGCAGAUAAUUCUUCCGUAGGAUAUAUAUUACAAGUAGACUUGGAGUAUCCACAUGAAUUACAUGAUCUUCACAGAGAUUUUCCAUUUGCUCCCGAACACCGCAAGCCUGUAGGCUCAAAUUAUUCCAAAUUAAUGACAACGCUUUAUUGUAAAAAAGAAUACACAGUUCACUAUCGUAAUUUAAAACAAAUGUUAGCCAACGAUUUGAAAAUUAAAAAGAUACAUAAAAUUCUGAAAUUCAAUCAAUCUGCAUGGCUGCGACCCUAUAUCGAACUAAAUACUCGUUUGAGGGCUGCAGCUACCAAUGACUUUGAGAAAAAUUUAUAUAAAUUGGCAAAUAAUGCUGUGUUUGGAGAGACGAUGGAAAAUAUACGGAAGCACCGAAUUGUAAAACUUGUUAAAACCUGGAAUGGUCGAUACGGCGCCAAAAAUUUGAUAUCUAGUGUUAGGUUUCAUAGUCGUACAGUUUUUAAUGAAAACCUAAUUGCAGUAGAACUCACUAAAUCACAAUUGGUUUUCAAUAAGCCUCUUUAUGUUGGUAUGACAGUUUUGCAUUUGUCGAAGCUGUGUAUGUAUCAAUUCCAUUAUGAUUACAUGAUUCCGAAAUUGGGUAUUGAUAGAUGUAAAUUAAUGUACAUGGACACAGACAGUUUUGUGUAUGAGCUUCAUCUGUGA